AUGGUGGACGAAGCAUGGAAGCUGGUCUACAACCAGAUGAGACAGAGACGCUGCUCAAGCUCAACCAUCAGCACCGGCGCACACUCGACACCCUCACCUCCUCGCUCAAGCGACCCCCUCGAAGACAUGAGACACAUUCUCGCCCCUGAGCCUGACUAUGGCGAAGACGUGUUACAGCUUGAGGUCACCAUGGAGCAGCUUUGGGAAUUCAUGGAUCAAAUCAACACUGAUGGCUCUGAUGACUUCCUCAAGACCAACCACCUCAAGCUGGUCAUUAACUCUUCAGACUUUGGCGAUUGGGAAGACGAUAGCUGCAUCUACAUCAAGGGCACCAACCUGUUCACUCGCCACAACUAUGUCAAGCCCGAGAUCACCAUUCAGGAAGAAGUUCCCCUUCCCGUCAAAGGCAAAGGCAAGGGUGUCGACGCCGACUUGGGCCCUUAUAACUCUGCUCCCGCCUUCGACGGCAACAAUGAAGGUGCCGCAAAGAAGCCCAAGUUCACUCGCUCGAGCAUGAACUCCACCGCCAACGCCGACUUUAUCCCACCUUCCCUCACCACCCUUACUGCGGAUACAUCCAGCAAGCGCGGCCCCUCAUACACGACCAAGAAAAUCCCUUCGCCCAAGAUCAACAUUCACGUGUAUGAGAAAGCCAUCAUUCCCGCCAUCAUCGACAUGUUUGCCAACCGCGACCCUCCUCUCGCCUUCAUCACCAUCCAAGGCCCCAUGCAACUGUCCCUGCGCCGCCACAUCAUCAGCUCCAUCAACCCAGGCUACAUGUCUUCUCUGUCCCUGCUCACCGAAGCCGGACACCACUACCUCGACAAUGCCGCCGUGCACCCCGUCGAACUCUGGGAAGCGCACAACCCUGAAGUCACGUUUCUCAAAAGAGGCAUCCAGGACCCUGAGGAUUUUGGCCAGUGGCGCAAGCACAGCUUAAAAGACUGCAAUAUGCAUGGUUUGGGUGAGUGGAUUGUGCCUUCGGGUAAAGGUGCUAGAGGGAUCUGGGGUUGGAGAGUUAAUGCUCCUGGCGUCAAGGUUUGGAGAGGUCCUAGCACUAGUUGGGUCGGUAGAGAGGGUAUCUGA